AUGGCAAGUUUAAGAAGUAGAGGAGAAUUUGUCUUAGCAACUGCAUCAUCUGGUAUAGCUGCAAUAUUGUUACCCGGUGGUAGGACUGCACACUCUCGAUUUAAGAUACCUAUUGAUAUACAACCGAGUUCCAUUUGUGGUAUUCAAAAGCCAAAAGAUCUUGCAAAUCUCAUUAGAUUUGCUUCCGCAAUAAUUUGGAAUGAAGCACCAAUGACAAACAAAAAUUGUUUGGAAGCCUUAUAUCGAUCAUUACAAGACAUUUGUAGCAACAAUGCUCCAUUUGGUGGAAACGUUCUGAUCAUGGGGGGAGAUUUUUGUCAAGUUCUUCCUGUUGUAAGAAAAGGUACUAAGGCACAAAUGAUUUCAGCAUGUAUUGUUCAGUCUCAUUUAUGGAAUCAUACCAAGAUUUUACGUUUGCGUCAAAAUAUGCGAUCAUUGCAUGAUCAAGAGUUUGAGAAUUUCUUAUUCGCAUUGGUGAUGGUGUUGAACCUACCAAACCAGAUGACAUGGUGA